AUGAAGGUUGGAGAAGUUGCAAAAAUUACAUGUAAGCCAGAAUAUGCUUACGGAAUCCCGACAUCCCACCUAAGUAUUGCUACUUUGAUAUUCGAAGUGGAAUUGGUUGCUUGUAGACCGAGGAAAUGUGCUAGUGUUGGAAGUGUUUCUGACGACAGAGCUAGGCUAGAAGAUCUGAAGAAGCAGAGAGAGAUUGCUGCGGCUGCUAAGGAGGAUGAUAAGAAGAAGAGAGAAGAAGCAAAAGCUGCUGCGGCUGCUAAGGAGGAUGAUAAGAAGAAGAGAGAAGAAGCAAAAGCUGCAGCAGCUGCUGCAGCUGCUAGGAUUCAAGUUAAGCUAGACGCUAAGAAAGGUCAAGGCAAAGAAAAAGGUAAAGGCAAAACUAAAUAA